UAUUACUGUGCCCAAGGUGAGAUAACUCCAGUUAUGAAACCGUGACAUUGAUGAAAAACAUGUUGAAAUCAAGAUUAGCACUUGGGCAGCUGUAUCGGAGGCUGAUGCCUCGCAACAGUGCCACAGUGAGAGGUAUGUGUGACCGUUCAGAUUUUGCCUCGACUAAGCUGAAACCCAUCUUUGAACUAGAUGAGGAACACAUGACUAUAUCCAGCUACAGUAACCUUGGAUUUAGAGUCAACCCAGGGAUCCACGUGAUUGGGCCCAUCGCAAUCUUCCCCAACACAGUGCUUCACUGGAAUGUGGCGUCAUCAAAGCGUAUAGAUAAAAACAGUCUUGUCCUCUUCCAUUUACUGGAACCAAAACUAGAUAUGUUGGUAAUUGGAAAAGGAAUGUUUAUCGACAAGGUCAAUCCUGAAAUUCAGAAUUUUCUGAGAGUGAAGGGCAUCAAUGUAGAAAUUUUACCAACAGAAGAGGCUUGUGGUCUCUUUAACAUGCUAAGUACAGAUGGGAGAAAUGUGGCUGCGGCACUCAUCCCUCCGGAAAAGAUGCCAAUCGAUAACGACAGCAUCUAUUUAUGAUAGAUCUGGACAAGUUUGGUGACUUUUUGGAUUGUACAUGGAGCAAAUGAAUUUGUGUAUAGAAUACAUGUGUGUAAUGGAGUGCGGAUUAAAAUUAUUGCUCUUGUGUUAGCAAAUGAGAGAGUAUAUACUACGAACAAAAGAGUCUGUAAUCAUAUUUAUAGAUUGACUGUAAUUUACCUCAGCAAACAGUCUAAUACAUUUUGAUUCGUGGAAAAACUGACGUUGAUUUUAAAACAGUUGUGGGAAUGAUUGUGGAAUAUUCAGUUUUUACAGUGUGUGCAUGCUAUUGAAACUGAGGUGUAAAGCCACCUCAUAUUGUUUAUUUAUUUUGUCAAUUUUACGAUGUAUAAUAAAUUAAAAAUAUUGCAUUAUU